AUGGCGUUCCUUCUCUUCUACCUCCGGCUGGCCAGCAAGACAUCGUACACUUACAGUGUGUAUGCGACAAUGGUCCUGAAUCUACUCAUUGCGGUGGCCCUUUGGUUACUCUACUGCCUUCAAUGCCGUCCACUGCCCGCCUUUUGGAACAGUGCCGCUUAUCCCGACGCAACCUGCCUCGAUACGUCUGUUACUUACUACGUCCCUGUUUCGCUGAACAUCAUGACCGAUUUCAUUAUUCUCUUCCUCCCAAUCCGACCCCUCUGGAACAUCCAAGCCAGCUUGUCCCGUCGUCUUGGUGUGAUUGCUGUGGUCACGGUUGGCGGUGUUGCAGUUGUUGUAUCAUGUCUGCGCAUUAUUGUCUUGCAUGAGUUUGCAGCGAAUCCGGACUUUAGUUAUAUUUUGGGAAAGAUGGUGAUCAUCUCGGCAGUGGAAUUAGACGUGGCAAUUAUGGCCGCAAACGCUCCCUCUCUGAAAGCCGUCUGGCUCAAGCAUGUCAGCGGUUCGCUUAGCGAGUACAUGUCCUCCAUUGCACUGUCCUCGCUCUCGAGAAAGCAGCGGGCAGCCCCGUCCGAACCAUCCGUCAUACGCCACCGCGCCACUCCAAAGAACAACUUUGAUCUCCCCGAUUCGUCAUCUAUGAACAAUCUAGUUGAACCAUCCGGGACCCGUGAGACGUGA